AUGAAGAAUCUGGCUGAGCAAGACCGUUCGUGGUCCGUCUUUUUGGGACCCCCACUGGACGGUGACUGUAGCAUUAGCUCAGACUGGAUAGCCAACCAAGCUGUCAGCACAGCCCUGCAAAGUAGUCUCUAUCUCAUUGAAUAUGCCUGCAGACUUGAGCUCCUAGCCAGGCAAUUUUCUCAAGUGGAUCGUCCGACAGUCGAAGAGGGGACUGGUCUUAAUCUUGCAGUGGUCUCUAUGACAGUGCAGACCUCGGUUUUUGCGUAUGUGCUCGAGCUCUUCCUGCGCUUUCACGGCUGGCAAAAUAUAAUCAUCAUCUUUGAAGGCCUUGACCCAACACGCAUUGUGGGAAUUUUUAAUUUUCAGUGCGAUUCGGAACCCGUGGGGUUUGGCGAAGCUAACGUGGACGAAGCUAAUGUUAUCCUACUGAUCGCCAGUCCAUUCAUGGCCUUAAAUUUACUCGAAACUCCAAGAAUUCUGACUAUUGUCCCUUCUGGCAAAGUAGCAGUUAUACAAGUGGACCCCUCCUCUUUGAACACUUACGACACCUUGCGGGACUGGCGUCUGGCCAUGAACGCACAACCACAAAUCGGUGAGGCAGGUCUGUGUCUCUUUAUCCUGAAUGCGAACCCUGCCGGAUCUGGCUUCAAUGUUUCAUCGCCACUGUUGCAGUCAUCUAUAGAGGUCUCCGUCGCAUCUGCGGCCUCUCUAUCGAUACGGAUGGCCCAGGUGCUCCUUGAGUCUGGAAAUGGCAGCAUUCCAGGCAACACUGACUUCUUCCAACCGCUGGCAGAACCUCUUAUUCGAGUACCCUCCCUUCCGGGCAUUACUUUCAGCAUCGGCCAAAAGGAUAAAGAGUUUUUUGACUACUUUGAUUUCUACUUUUUCGGUAUCCGACGCAAAUUUCUUUUCAACACAAGCAAACUAGUGGCCACAACGAAGUGGGAGGACAUUUUUCAACUCGAGGGUUUGAUCCCGGGGGGCAAAAACACCUACCAGGAGCUGGUCCGAAAACGCUGGCCCGGUAAUGGUUCGGGCCCAAAAGUUAAUUACUGCAUGCUGGUAGUGUGUCACAUAGCUGUCACCAUCUAUGUGGUCGUUGGAACAAUGCUGCGGAAACAGGAAGAAACACUACGACUACGUAAGGGCACAAACAAACUGAUUCUCUACCCGGAUGACGUAACACUCAUAAGAAAGUCCAAACGGGUUGAUCGUACGGGCGAGGGCAUGCAAUAUCUGCAUAAAUCGUCGAUUGGAGUUCAUGGACGCCUGAAGUCCACGAACUGUGUCAUAAAUGGCCGAUGGGUAUUGAAGAUAACGGAUUAUGGAAUUCCGAGAGUCUUUGCGCUUUUCAACCACACAUUGCGACCUACUCCUGAAGUUAAACUAUGUUUUUUUUCAAGCCAAGUAAACAUUGUUGACCGGAUGCUGAGCAGAAUGGAGAAGUACUCGGCAGAUCUGGAAGACCAGGUUUGUCAGAGAACUGCCGAGUUGCGAGAGGAGCAGGUCAGGACGGAAAUGCUGAUUGCGAAGAUGUUACCGAGGUAUGUGACCAAUGUUUACCUACGAGGCAGUUUUGCGUGA